CAAGAUUCCAAUAAGAAUAGAACAUGUUUGCCCAUUUGCUAUUUCUUAUUCGAUCUUGAUUGACUUUUUUUGGGAGAAGAACAACUAAAGUCAAAGUUGACAAUUCAACCAUAGAGAUUUGCGCCUUAUGGCCACUCUAACUUUGAUCGACUGCUCCAUCAUCUUCAUCAUCAUCAUCAUCAAAAGCUAGCAGCAAGGACACGUGGUAAGGAGAAGCUAGUUCGAAGGUUCAACGUCCAGAACGAAGCUUCCUGCAACUCUACUUGUCUGAGAUCCAGGAUGGAGACGAUGCAGGAGCAGACUUGAACUACAUGUGAACAUGCAAGACAAUCUUGAAAUCAUAAGAACCUCCUGUAAUAUCUUAUUGCUCACAGUUUCUGUUUCGACCUUCCUCUCAAACACUCAACCACCAUUAUAAGACUUCAUCACCAUCCAGUGAGAUCCCCAUCUUCCUCCUCUCGCUUCCGAUCUUGGUUUCACGUAGGAGAAAUGGGUGGCAGCUCUCCCUGUGCUUCCUGCAAACUGCUCCGGCGACGGUGCGCUAAAGAUUGCAUCUUUGCUCCUUACUUCCCUCCCGACGAUCCCCACAAGUUCGCCAUCGUUCACAAGGUCUUCGGUGCCAGCAACGUUAGCAAGAUGUUGAAGGAACUUUCCGUGCAUCAGCGAGCAGAUGCAGUGAGAAGCCUUGUCUACGAGGCGAAUGCGAGGAUGAAAGAUCCAAUCUACGGCUGCGUGGGAGUCAUCUCCUACCUUGAAGACCAAGUAUCUCAGCUACAGAUGCAGCUCGCUGUGGCUCAAGCGGAGAUCUUAUGGAUUCAAAUGCAGCAGGCGGAGUCGUCAAUGGUUAACCAGCAGAUCAUCCACGCCGAAGACAAGUCCUUUGUUCAGCACAACAGCCACACCAUAGUGCCUCAGCUCAUGAGUUUUGGCUCCUCCAGCAAUGUAGUCCGGGAGCCUCUCAAGAGGGACAGAGAGAGAUGAUUAGAGGACCCAGGUAACUUCUACUUGGUCAACAACACCAGAAUUAAGUAGAAACAAGAUUGGUGCUCCAUGUACAGACAAAAGCUGGAGAGAGGCAUCUUUCAUUGAAAGAUACUUCCCAAUGAGAUGAUAAAAGCCCCAUGGAAGAAUGGAAAACAUGGCACCUCUUUCGUCCUUCUCAUGGCAGCAAUUUAAUGGCCCUACCAGCUGAUACAAUUUGGAGUAUCAUACAAAAGCACACCACCAAAGUCCUCCGACAGCUGUAUUGCUUUGCAGUGCUUCCUCUGUCAUGAGCUAGCUAACAAUUUAGAUGCAUUUUAAUUUUGAUUUCUUCUCAUCUGUUGAUCAAUACAUUUUCUAUAAAAUGUCAAUCUCUAGUUUC